GGUAACAAUUGUAACAAAUUGAAAAUGUCAACUGUCAAGUGUCAAGACAACGUCAUCACAUAACCUCAGUAGAUAUACAAAUACCGACUAAACCAUAACAUAUUAUAAGAUUAAUUAUAAUUAUACGACAUGACUGAUUCUUCGGUGCAAAUUCAGCCAUUAAGUGCCACUUUAACUGAACCACAAUGUCAAUACUUUGUAGUGAGGAAGAAACGAUUAUGCCGUAUGACAGUCCGCCCGGGUCGUCAUUAUUGCGGCGAACAUGAACCUCAACCGAAGACUGAUGAUGGUCAGGAUGACACCCGUAUUCCAUGUCCAAACGACCCUAAACACACUGUGUAUGUGAGCAAACUAGAGAAGCAUCUCUCUAUCUGCAAUGCCCGGGCCACAGAACAGCCACCAUAUAUUGUUCCCAACAUCAAUGCCCCCACAGAGACGGAGGGGUUUCUCCGCAAGCCUCUAAGUGAGAUACCCAAAGAGACAAUCACACAAGUCAUAGAGAAAGUUGACUUAAUAUAUGAAACCUAUGUAAAGGAUCACAUAACAACUGCACAGGAGCACCCCAUCCACAGUACAGUGAUGGAAGAGUUCUCAGAGAGUGACCGAGCAGAGAGCUCCCUGCGCCACCUGCGUCAAGUGUCCAGCCUGCUGUGGCUAGUGGAGGACGAGGGCCUGGUGUCUGAGAACACAUGCUAUGUAGAACUAGGGGCUGGUAAAGGGCAUUUGUCGUACUACGCAUGUAACGCUUGGUGUGAGGAGGGCGGCGCGAGCGCGGCGCUGCUGGUGGACCGCGCGUCGCUGCGGCACAAGCGCGACAACAAGCUGCGCGGCCGCGCGGCGCUGCGCCUGCGGGCGGACCUCGCGCACCUGGCGCUGGAGCGGGUGCCGCGCGUGGCCGCCUGCCGCGCGCUCGUCGGGCUCGCCAAGCAUCUGUGCGGGGUCGCCACUGAUUACGCGCUGCGCUGUAUCGCGGCGGAGGGCGUGCUGGACAAGACGCGCGGCAUCGUGCUGGCCACGUGCUGCCAUCACCGCUGCGAGCGCGCCGCCUUCGUCGCCAACCGACACUUACAGGAGUUGGGCAUCAGUGGCGACGAGUUCAACGUGAUGCUGGGCAUCGUGUCGUGGGCCACGUGCGGGACGGGGCGCUCGCGGGGCGCGGCGGGGGCGGAGGGGCGCGCGGCGGGGGCGGAGGGGCGCGCGGCGGGGGCGGAGGGGCGCGCGGCGGGGGCGGAGGGGCGCGCGGCGGGGGCGGAGGGGCGCGCGGCGGCGGGGCGGCGCGCCAAGCGGGUGCUGGACUGGGCGCGCGUGCAGUUCCUGCGCGAGCGCGGCUUCUCGGCCACGCUGUGCCGCUUCGUGCCCAGCAGCGUGUCGCCAGAGAACAUCUGCGUCGUCGCCAGCAAGCGAACAUGACGCGUGCGGGGCAGACCCCGCUCGACACGACUCGGGUGGAACCAGUAGAAUGCAAUACUAUUGAUUGAAUGACAUUUUGAGACGGCAACACGCAUUGUCAACAACAGCUUAAAUGGCAUUGUGCUGUGGAUUUUAUAAAUAUAUUUCUAUUUAUUUUUUA